UCCGCCUCCGCCCCGCCCCGCCCGGUCCGGUACACCUGGCCCGCAGGUAGCCGGCGCCCUGGUGCUUCUCGGAGCCUGGAAGGGCCUGGUGACCGCUCCUCCGCCCGCGGCUCAGGGACUGGCCACUCCGCUCCGGGAGGGGCGCCAGAGGGAGCCAUGGACCCGGGCGCGGGGGCCGCGGCCGCGGAGGGGCCGCCCGCGCCCCGGCCCAGACGCCGCCGCUCCCUGCGCCGCCUGUUCACCCGCUUCCUGCUGGCGCUGGGCAGCCGCUCCCGCCCCGGGGACUCACCGUCCCGGCCCCGGUCCCAGCCUCCUCCGGGACACGGCGAUGGCGACGGGGAAGGGGGCUUCGCGAGCGCCCCAGGAGCGGAUCCAGCCGCGCCCGGAAGCCCCGGGGAGGAGCGCCCGCCGCGACCCCAGCCCCAGCUUCCCGCCGGCGACGGGGCGCGGCCCCCGGGAGCGCAGGGCUUGAAGAACCACGGCAACACCUGUUUCAUGAACGCCGUGGUGCAGUGUCUCAGCAACACCGACCUGCUGGCCGAGUUCCUGGCGCUGGGGCGCUACCGGGCGGUGCCGGGCCGCGCCGAGGUCACCGAGCAGCUGGCGGCGCUGGUGCGCGCGCUCUGGACGCGCGAAUACACGCCCCAACUUUCAGCCGAGUUCAAGAAUGCUGUCUCCAAGUACGGCUCUCAGUUCCAAGGCAACUCCCAGCACGACGCCCUGGAGUUCCUGCUCUGGCUGCUGGACCGUGUGCACGAGGACUUGGAGGGCUCGGCCCGGGGCCCGACCGCCGACAAGCUUCUCCCCGAAGCCAGGAAGACCUCUGAGAACCCCCCGUCGCCAUCGGCUCAGCUCUCUCUAGGCCAAAGCUUUGUCCAAAGCCACUUCCAAGCACAAUAUAGAUCUUCCUUGACCUGCCCCCACUGCCUGAAACAGAGCAACACCUUCGACCCUUUCCUGUGUGUGUCGCUGCCGAUCCCCUUGCGCCAGACGAGAUUCUUGAGCGUCACCUUGGUCUUCCUCUCUCAGAGCCAGCGGUUCCUGCGGGUUGGCCUGGCUGUGCCCAUCCUCAGCACGGUGGCAGCCCUGAGGAAGAUGGUCGCAGAGGAAGGCGGCAUUCCUGCGGCUGAGGUGAUCUUGGUUGAACUGUAUCCCAAUGGGCUGCAGCGGUCUUUCUUUGAUGAAGAGGACCUGAAUACUAUUGCAGAGGGAGAUAAUGUGUAUGCCUUCCAAGCCCCUCCAUCACCCGGCCAGGAGAUGCUCUCAGCUUGUCCACCUGGCCUGCCCGUCUCCCCGCGCUUGGCUGCCCGUGAGGGUCAGAGACUAUCUCGGCCCGUCCCCGGCGAGAACAAGGUGCUAAUCCUUUUCUGUAACUUGGUGGGCUCAGGGCAGCAGGCCAGCAGAUUUGGGCCACCUUUCCUGAUAAGAGAGGACAGGGCCAUCUCGUGGGCCCAGCUCCAGCAGUCCAUUCUCAACAAGGUCCGGUAUCUCAUGAAGGGCGAGGCGCCCGUACAGAACCCGGGGUCGCUGUUCUCCAUCCGGGUCGUGGGGCUCUCCCUGGCCUGCAGCUACUUGUCCCCACAGGACAGUCGGCCCCUCUGCCACUGGGCAGUUGACAGGGCUCUGCACCUCAGGAGGCCGGGAGGCCCCUCGCACGUCAAACUGGCUGUGGAGUGGGACAGCGGCACCCAGGAGCGCCUGUUCGGGAGCGUCCAGGAGGAGCGGGUCCAGGACGCGGACAGCGUGUGGCAGCAGCAGCAGGCGCACCAGCAGCACAGCUGCACCCUGGACGAGUGUUUCCAGUUCUACACCAAGGAGGAGCAGCUGGCCCAGGACGACGCGUGGAGGUGCCCGCACUGCCAGGCCCUCCAGCAGGGCGUGGUGAAGCUGAGCUUGUGGACGCUGCCCGACAUCCUCAUCAUCCACCUCAAAAGGUUCUGUCAGGUGGGCGAGAGGAGAAACAAGCUCUCCACGCUGGUGAAGUUCCCGCUCUCCGGGCUCGACAUGGCUCCCCACGUGGCCCAGAGAAGCACCGGCCCCAAGGGCGCGCCGGGCCCCUGGCCCUCCUGGAAGCAGCCGGCCUGCCUGCCCACCAGCUACCCGCCGGACUUCCUGUACGACCUGUACGCCGUCUGCAACCACCAGGGCAGUUUGCAAGGUGGGCAUUACACAGCCUACUGCCGGAACUCUCUGGACGGCCAGUGGUACAGUUACGAUGACAGCACAGUGGAACCGCUUCUAGAAGAUGAGGUCAAUACGCGAGGGGCUUAUAUCCUGUUUUAUCAGAAGAGAAACAGCAUUCCUCCCUGGUCAGCCAGCAGCUCCAUGAGAGGUUCCACCAGCUCCUCCUUGUCUGACCACUGGCUCCUCCGGCUUGGGAGCAAUGAUGGCAGCACGAGGGGCAGCCUGUUGUCCUGGAGCUCUGCCCCCGGCCCUGCCCUGCCCCGCGGACCUGAGCCCGCCUUCGCCACCAGCAGCCUGCCCCGGCAGGAAAAGGGAGGCUCGGAGUCCAGGCCUCUGGCCCGGGGUGUGCAAGGCCGAAGCAUCAGCAUGAAGGGCCGUGCCCCUCCCCGAGCCAAGCAGGGGGCCUUCAAGACCAUGCCCCUUCGGUGGUCUUUUGGGACCCGGGAGAAACCCCUGGGCGCAUCUGUCGAGCUGGUGGAAUACUUAGAGUCCAGAAGGAGACCUCGAUCCACGAGCCAAUCCAUCGUGCCGCUGCUGACCGCGGCGGCCGGCGGGGACGAGAAGUCCAAUGCCACCCUUUCUGCCGCGAGUGUCGAUGGAGGGCCCGCCGGUGACAGAGUGCUGGCCGGAGCGCCCUGCCCCUCGGGACACCCCAGCCACUGUGCCGUCCCGGUCAACUCGGAUGGGCCAAACGCAGCCAGGAAACUCAAGGAAAGUGCAAGUCAGGAUAUCAGGCUGCCCAGGCAGUUCGACCUGCCCCUCCCAGUGAUGUCCUCAGCGGAGAACGGGAGGCGAGCCUGGCCGGGGGACAGCAGCCAAGCACCCUCCCCCAAGGAUGCUCUGAGCACUGCCGCGCUGUCUAGAAACAGUGCUGGUGGUCGCGGAAAUACUUUGGACAAGAUGCGGGCUGGUGCGGAGAGAAAGGACUCCGAGACAGACAGGUUCCCGCAGGGGACACUCACCCUCCUGAGGUCCGUGUUCUGGAAGAAAGAGAACAGGAAGAGCGAGAGGGCGGAGGCGGCCCCCCCGGCGGCCCCCGGCUCCCUAGGGAGCGGCAGGCUGAGCCCCGCUGUGGGUGAGCAGGCCCGAGGCUCCUCUCCAUCGCUCAGGAUCCGAGAGAGCCUGGCCAGGGGUCCAGCGGGCCCCCUGGAAAGGGAUGGGUCAGCCCCCAGCUCUCUGCACCUCCCUCGCAAGGCCGGCAGGCCCCCGCGGGCCAGUGCCCUGGGCACAUCACAGAGGAUUGCUCCCGGGGAACAGACGUCUUUGGGCGCCUUGCCAAAGGUGAAGUACCACACGCUCUCCUUACGUCGGAAGAAAACAUUGCCCGAGUCCAGCCUCUGAUGGUGGGUGUGUCCCGGUGAUGUGUGGACCUGGCCUAUUCUCUCGACUCUGCACUGAGCACCUACCUGUGUUGGUAAUGAGACUUGGGGGAGCCAGUUGUCUUGUGACCUCUGAAAAUAGUAAGAAUUAAAAAAAAAAAAUUGUUUGGUUUCUGCAUCUAGAUUUCCAACACCGAACUUCCAAAAAUACCUACCUGUAUUGUUGGCUGCUUUUAUACUUCAAGACCACCAGAGGGCGCUGGUGGGUCAGCAUAAUCAUUUCAGGGCAAGAAAUGCUGUUUUGUUCAAACAGUUCCAGGGUUUAAGUAUUUGUACUAAAGGGUGAAUGGAUGGGGGCAAAACAUAGAGCGUAACUCUGUGAAGAAGGCUAAUGAAUAAGAAUCUUCAGUAUCAAAUCAAAUACUGUCAUUGGCUUCCCCUAUUUAAUUAUUAUUUUUUUCAAUAGUGGACUUAAAGGGAAAAUCUUCUUUUCCUCUUCAUAUUUCUCUGGGACAAAGCAUGAAGGAUGCAAAGAAAGGUGGUAGUGACAGUAAAGCAGGAUUCUAAAAGAACUGAGAUGGCAAGAGAAAUGACAGAUUUUAGGAGAGUAUUUAAUAUGUAACACAAUAAUUGUAUUAAACUUUUCCAAGGUAUUUAAAGAAGAUAACUAUUUUGAUACUAAGGAAAAAGGGAAGUUUUUUUUUUAAAAAAUGUAACUAUGAGAUCUAUGUACAAUUUUAAUAAAAGCUCACUGGUGAAAUGUACAAAUGGCUCUCUGAAUUAUUCAAGUUAGACAAAUUAUCUUGUUUUGUUUCUGCUGCAUAAACUUAGCUCACUGCACGUUUUAAAUAUGUGUUCUUUUUUGGCUUCUUUUCCCUUCUAGGUUAUUAAAAAAGACUGAGUGCUGUGGUAUACAGUAGGUUCUUGUUGAUUAUCUAAGCUCCUUGCUGUUGAUCUCAGAAAAGCCAUGGAUUGAGUUGGUUCUGAAAAUUUCAAGUGCUUUUAAUUAAAAUGACUCGCUGUUCUCUGAGGAAAUGGAAGUCUCCCCAGUUUCUCUCUGGCGCGCAUGUGCUUUCAAGGACCAGUGUCUGAGCCUGUCUUAAUGGACCAUCACUUUGUCACCGGCCAGGGUCCUUGGACUCUUUAUCCAGUAGAAAUCGAUGAGAGGCCAGAUGAGGAAACCAGACAAGGGACUUUACUGGGCCUCAUGUUACAGCAGGAGGAAGUGAAAAUGAAAAUGGGUAACAGGUGCCCUUGCCUGCUCAUGGGGGUGGGGCGAGCUAGUCCUUUAAAUGGGGGGGGGGCACGGAUGGGUGGGUCUGGCGGGAUCUGCCCACCUCCUUGGCGGUGCCGUGGGCAGGGAUCGUGCCCAGGACCCUGCUUUUGCUCCCAGGACCUCAGAAGUGGCAGCUGGGCUUUGACCUCUUUGUAUCAUGUUCAUAAUUGGCCCCUGCUGGGCACGUGCGCCGUUAUUCUUGGUCCCCUGUGGUUUCUCGGUACCUGCUGCUGGAGGAGAUGUUUGUCCAGGGGCAAGCUCCUGGGUAAAGGGUCCCAGAUCCCAGGUGGCAGCCUGCCUCCGGUUGGCUGUCCUCUGUCUCCGAGAGCUUUGCCCACUGCUCAGUGGCUGUUCUAACACCUGUCCCCCCGCUCCUUACUGGGGAGCGGCUAAGCCUGAUCCCAGGUCGGGGGCUUGUCAUUUGAAGUUACUGGCAAGUCUGUGAGUCCACUUUAACCAUCCAUUUUCUAGAAAUACUUCCUUUCUGCUGGGCACCGUUUGUGAAAGACCCCUGACUCCAAAAAUUAGUUUUUCGUCAUACGCAUGGCCUGACUCACGGGUGAGUCUCUGCUGCCACUUUUUUCUCUUAAGGAAGAAUGAGAGUCUUUUUACUCCCCGCCCCCGAGGGAAAGACACUGUCCUUUCGCGCCACGGUUCCAAGACAGAAAGAACUGAGAUCACAGAAGGAGAAAGCAGGGGAUCGGCCACCUGACCCAGAGGGACUGCGGUUCCGGUUCCGGGAGACCUGUGGGUUUACGUUUCCAAAGAGGUCUCUGCGCUCCUCAAGUCCUGAUCCCUCCCGCGGCGAGGGAGGCGGGGCCGUCCGUGCCCCCGCCCCCUCCCGGGUGACCGGAAUCUAGGGAGACUAGGUGUCGUCGGUCCCCCCCCCACUCUAGUUCUUUCCCCUCUGCUGACCUUCAGUUGUCAUUUCUCGAUCCCUUGACCUUCCCAAGCCUGGUCUCAAUGGCUUUGGCCUCCAAGGGAUGGGGCCGUGACUCAGGCCUGCACCCCCAGGCGUCUCCCUAAAAACCCUUGCGUAUCAUGAACAAGUCCCCGUGGUUAGCAGUUUCCUCUGUGACACCCCGUAAAUUGGGGCAUUUGCCUUAGGCUCUGACGUUGGGACAGGAAGAGGCAAUUACACCUGGUCCCUGGUUGUUCUGGCUGCCACCCCGGGUCUUCAGCGAGGAAGCUUGAGGCCCCUUGGUCUCUGUUCCCCUGAGGUUGCUUCUCCCUCCAGAGGGACCCGGUCGGGAAGGCGGGGAGGACAGAGCAUGGGAAAGGAUUCUGCCCAAACUGGAGGCACCGUCCCAGCCUUGACCGUGCAUCUGAGCGUGCACAGUGGGCGUCUGGUCAAGGGUGUUUAAGGAGGACGCGCGGCACAAGUACCGGGUUGCUUUUUUCAAAUCACAAAGCUGCCCCCUCGAGAUGGGAGUGUGAGGUGGGUUGAAAGCCGUGGAGCCAGAUUCAAAGCGGCCUGUGACUGAGCUCACUCAGCAUGCUGGCAAGGGCCUCCCACCCUCCUCUGCGAGCCUGGGUACCCUGCCUGGACCC